AUGUCCGACGACGAGGAUUAUUAUGACUGGGAAGAGGAAUAUCUCUACGAAGACGCCGUCCCUGACCUGGUCGACGAACUCGCCGCAUCCUCCUGGUACGAAGCGGCUUUGUACGAAGAUCCAGGCAUUGAAGUCGAAGAUUACUUCAGUGAUUGGGACUACUACUCGGAUGACUACCAUGAUGACGAUCCGACCGUCGCGCAGAGCAGAGUCCGUGCGAAAACCGAACCGAAGACGAAGCCGAGUCCGAAGAAGAAGAAGGGUCGCGCCCAUACCGCCGCCCAAGUAAACCCCUUGAAACUCGAUAUCGGUUCCUUCCAGGGUGUGGUGUGGAAAACAGAUAGCCUGGAGCGGGAUACGGAUGUCUCGGUCCAGAUCUACGAACCGGGUCAGCUGGACAAGGUUGCCUUCCUGCAGGACUGGAGGGAGAUCUUCAAGUCUGCUCAGCCUGCGCUGGAUAAGUCGCGAUUGAGGAAGAGACGCGUUCCGGAGCCUCGGUCGCUGGAUGUUUCUGAGGAUGAUGAGAUUCUGAAUGAUGCCGAUCAGGAGGAUAGUGAGGGUGAGGAUGAAGAUGAGGAUGAGGAUGAGGAUGCUAUGUCAGAUGUCGACUCGACGGAUCAGAGUGGCAGUUUGGAUGCUGGAGAGGCAUCGAAUACGACACCUGAGCCUGGGCAGUCGCCGAAGGUGGUCACUAGUCCGAAAAUUACGGUUGAGAUUCCGGUGAAACGGGGUCGGAAGCGUAAGGCUGAGGCUCAGGCUCCGGUUCCUGUGAAGGAAAUAAAGUGCAACUUGAGUGAUAACUCGACGAAGAGUCGGUCGAAACGGCUUGCUUUGAGUGAGGAAGAAGUUUCAUCUGGUCCGGUACGCCGCUCUACCAGACAGAAGAAGUAG